AUAAAACCAACCCAAACCCGAACUGUUUACCCAAAUUGACACCCCUACCUAUUACCCAAUACCUAUACCCAAGGCCCAAGAACCACAUUCUCAGUACCGAUGAAACAAACAAUUAUACCACUUAGGAAACAAAAUCGCAUACAAACCCUGAUUACAGAAAUAAUAAAAUAAUCACACAAAAUUCAAAUUCAAAAUCUUCCGCUCUCUCACACUCUAACGGUUAGUUUUACCCUGAACAAAUCUCCUCUCUUCCAUCGUAUAUAAAGUCCCCAUAACUCUCAUCUCUUAGCCACCACCAUUUAUCAUUGUCUCUCUUACAUUGAUUGAUUCAACCCCUAAUUUUCUCUCUCUCUUCUUCUUCUUCUUCAUCUUCAAUUUUCUGUUGAAGAGAACUUUCCAGAAUCCAUGGAUUUCCAAACCUUCAAGAGACGUGACCUUCAAUCUCUCUGCAAGCUUAACAAUAUUCCUGCUAAUACUACCAAUUCUGCCAUGGCUGAUGCUCUCGCUUCGCUUCCUAUUGUUGAAGGACUUGCUGAAUUUUUGGCAAAACCAGAUUCUGAAACCCAGGGAUCCCCUGAAAGAUCAGCGAUUAACUCAUCUUAUGCACCCCGGACCACGGCUACAAGAACUCGCUGUAGUACAAGGACUAGAGCAGUGGAAGGAACUGAUGCAAGGAAGACUCCGGCAACACGAACCACUCAGAAAAGAGCAUCUCAGGAAACCUCAAUCCAGAAAAAUAUGGAGAAGAAUAUGGAAGCUGAAUUUGAGGCUGAAAAGGAGCAAUCUGAAGUUACUGACAACAAUUUGGUUCAUGUAGGUGAGAUUAAGGUAAUUUCAGAAGUGGUAUCCGAAGUUAGUAUGGAAAUUGAAGGACAAAGUGAACCCCAAAAGGAUGUAGAGCAGCAGGUCAAUGAUGGGCAAGAAGUCAUUAAUUUGGAUGCACAAGAAGAAGCUACCGAGAUGUCGAAUGACAGUAAGGUGGACUUCCACAGCCUCAGUCGAAGGGACCUCCAAACUCUGUGUAAGAGAAACAAGAAACCUGCCAAUACUACCAAUGCUGCAAUGGCUGCUUCGCUUGAAUCUCUCGAAAUUGUUGAAGGUCUGCAAGAGUUACUGAUGGGAUGUGAGUCUCAAGUUCCAAGCUCCCCUCUGAUGUCAGGAAUUACUUCAUCUUGUGCUCGUCGAUCACGUACCACAAUGAAAAUCAGUAGAGAAGAGCCACCAAGCUCCAAGCUGAUCACAAAAUCCUGCCGCGUUUCAAGGAAGAGGAUCGUAGAAGAAACAGACCAAGGAAAGAAUGAUAUAGCUGAAACUCCAGCUGCUCCAAGUACUCAGAAGAAGGAAGGUAGUGCAGUGCAAUGGGACAUCUCUAGUGUUGAGAUUUCUGAAGUUUCAGGUGUUUCUGAGAACAAUGGCGAUGAGAACAUUGGCGAUAUCAGUAAAAGUUUGACUCAAGAAGCACCUGUAAAUGAAUCCACAUUGCAGGAAGAAAGUGGAAAAGGUAAUAACGAUCUUCUCAAUGUCGAGAAUCUGACGGACUCGAGUGAAAUAGUGGCUAAAGUAGACAAUGAAAUUGUUGUUGAUGAUGAGACCCAAGAAACUUUGGAGGUAACUGAAGCAGUGGCCAACUUUGCCAUCCAAGAUGAGGACCUGAAAUUGGGUUCUGCUAAUAGUGAAUUGGAAACCAUCACGGUUCAAAAGUCAAGCAAGAUUGAAUCUCAAGACGGCCAGCUCGAGAACCUGGCCAGUGCUCCUGUUUCUGCUGCAGAGAGCCUUGAUGAGAACCUUGCCACUACUCAUGUUGAAGAACAAAUGUCCAACGAGUUUGUUUCUGAGUCUACUACUGAAGCUGAUCAAGUCACACUGGAAAUCAAUGAGGAUAGCAAUUCUGGAAACACCAAGCUUGAAAAGGCGGUCACAUUUACUUUUGAUUCUGAUGUACCUGAACCUGCAGAAGACGAGGACUCUGAAGAGUUCAAUACCGAGUUUAAUUCAGCUGAUAAGCCAAGUCUGGAAACCAAUGUGGAAAGUGAAGGUAGUUGUACCGAAGAUGAGAUGUCUGAGUGGUCUGAUUAUGAGAUGCCAGAAGAAGACGAGGUGUCUGAUUCUGAGUUGGCUAUCCAAGAUGAUCUACUGAGCGUGGAAGCUAACGUGGACAGUGAAUCUGAAAAGAGCCAGCUUGAGAAACUAGACAUAACUACUGAUUCUGCUACAGAUUGGGCUGAAAAGCCUGAAGUUAGCCUAGCAGAACUUCUUGGCAACCAGUUCGACACUGAAUCAACUAUUCAAGUUCGUUCACGUGUUCCUAUAGAAAGUAAGACACCUUUGAACCAUAAAAGUCUGCGAAAAUUGAAGAGGAUGUACAAGGAGAAACUACAAGAAAAAACAUUGGUUAAGGGAAUGGAGAAAUUGGAUUUGGGUGAGACUGAGGUCCCACUGGCCAAUGUGGAUGAACAUUUGCAAGAAGGAAAUGUUGAAGCUCAAGUUUCUCAAGUGAUGCUUGGUUCUAACGAAGCCAAUGAGGACAAUAUUGAAGAAUCAGACGAAAAUAGCGUUAAUGAGACAGGAUCCGAGAAAGACAGCGUGGAGGAGGAUGUGAUUCAGGAGAUCCUAGUGAUUAAUUCUGUCGUCGAAACUGCAAACCUCUGCCCAGUUGACAUUCUACUGGACAAUGAAGUGGUAUCUGAAGAAGCAGUAGCUGGUGACAUUGAUGUUGUCCCAUGUCCAACACUUACACCAAGCAAAUGUUCAAGCAUGACUAAGAAGCCACUGUCGGUUAGCAUGGUUACACCAACUAAAUCUGCUUGCAAAACUCCAAUGUCAGCUGGAAGGAAGAACCGCGUUAUGGAUGUCAACAAGGAGAACAUUGACAGUAUCAGUAAAACCGAGCCUGGAAAAAUCAAAGUUGCUGUUACUGAGAGUGGAAAAAUUCUUUCUGCAUUGAGCAUGGGGAUGCUGAAAAAGGAAUUCAAAGGGCUCCAGCAGUCAGAGAAGAAGAAAAAAGCACUGCAGUCGCGUUCUGAUAAUCAAAACCUCUUAGCUAGCCCGUGAACUGAAGACCUGUGUUUUAGUCCUGCAAGUCUGAUCAAUAGUUGGAGGUUAAACCUUUGGUUUUACCUUCUUUUAGUUUUUAUGAUUUUCUCAAUGGCCCAAAUGUGGGUAUGUUAAUCUCUUUUUGUUCGAUGAUAAUAAACUUUAUAUCUUUAGUAAAUGGUAAUGCAAACAAAAUAGAUGGUAAACAUUUUCUGAA